UCCCCAGCUCCAAUUGCUCUCGACGACCCUACCAUCGCUUGCUUUUACGUCUUACACACUUCUUUCGUUACCUCGCCAUGUGCGGAAUUUUCGGAUACAUCAACUACCUGGUGGAGAAGGACAGGAAGUACAUUCUCGACACACUCAUCAAUGGCCUCGCACGUCUAGAGUACCGCGGCUACGACUCGGCUGGUCUGGCCAUCGACGGUGACAAGAAGAACGAGGUGUUGGCGGUCAAGGAGGUCGGCAAGGUCGCCUCGCUGAAGAAGCUCGUCGACGAGCAGGACUUCGACCUGACCAAGGUCUUCGACUCGCACGCUGGCAUUGCCCACACACGAUGGGCCACCCACGGCCCGCCAUCGCGCGUCAACUGCCAUCCCCACAGGUCCGACCCCAACUGGGAAUUCUCCGUCGUGCACAACGGCAUCAUCACAAACUACAAGGAGCUGAAGACUCUGCUCGAGAGCAAGGGCUACAAGUUCGAGACGGAGACCGACACCGAGGCCAUUGCGAAGCUCACAAAGUACAUCUACAAUGAGCACCCCGAGCUCAGCUUCCCCGCCCUCGUCAAGACGGUCAUCAAGGAGCUCCAGGGAGCCUUCGGUCUUCUCCUGAAGUCCGUCCACUUCCCCCAUGAGGUCGUUGCUGCCCGCAAGGGUUCGCCCCUUGUCAUUGGUGUGCGCACACAGAAGAAGAUGAAGGUCGACUUCGUCGAUGUCGAGUACGAGGGUGAUGGUGCUCUGCCCGCCGAAGAUGCGUCCCACAACGUUGCGAUCAAGAAGUCCAACACUCUGCUCGCACCCCCCGACAAGUCGCUCCUGCACCGAUCGCAGUCUCGCGCUUUCCUCUCGGACGACGGUGUGCCCAUGCCCACCGAGUUCUUCCUCUCCUCCGACCCUGCCUCCAUCGUCGAGCACACCAAGAAGGUUCUCUACCUCGAGGACGACGACAUUGCACACAUCCACGAGGGUUCCCUGAACAUCCACCGCCUGAACAAGGACGACGGUGUUUCCAACGUCCGUACCAUCCAGACUCUGGAGAUCCAGCUUCAGGAGAUUAUGAAAGGCCGCUUCGACCACUUUAUGCAGAAGGAGAUCUUCGAGCAACCCGAGUCGGUUGUCAACGCCAUGCGUGGUCGUCUCGAUGCUAAGAACAAGACCGUCACGCUUGGUGGUCUUCGCCAAUACCUCCCUACCAUCCGACGAUGCCGCAGGAUCAUCUUCAUCGCUUGCGGUACAUCCUUCCACUCUUGCAUGGCUGUGCGUGGUAUCUUUGAGGAGUUGACCGAGAUCCCUAUUGCCGUCGAGCUGGCCUCCGACUUCUUGGAUCGUAAGGCACCCGUCUUCCGUGACGACACCUGCGUCUUCGUCUCCCAGUCUGGCGAGACUGCCGACUCGCUCAUGGCCCUCCGCUACUGCUUGGAGCGCGGUGCCCUGACCGUUGGUAUUGUCAACAACGUCGGUUCCUCCAUCUCCCUCCUCACCCACUGCGGUGUUCACAUCAACGCCGGCCCUGAGAUCGGUGUUGCCUCUACCAAGGCCUACACCUCUCAGUUCGUCUGCAUGGUCAUGUUCGCGCUGUCCCUCAGCGAAGACCGUGCGUCGAAGCAGCAGAGGCGUGGGGAGAUCAUGGACGGUCUCACCAAGAUCUCAGAGCAGUUCAAGGAGGUGCUCAAGCUGGACGAGCCCAUCAAGAAGCUUUGCCAGAGGUUCAAGGACCAGAAGAGCUUGCUGUUGCUCGGCCGUGGCUCUCAGCACGCCACUGCCCUCGAGGGUGCGCUCAAGAUCAAGGAGAUCUCGUACCUUCACUGCGAGGCUGUCAUGUCUGGAGAGCUCAAGCACGGUGUCUUGGCUCUCGUCGACGAGAACCUUCCCAUUGUUAUGAUUCUUACCCGUGACGACAUCUUCGCCAAGUCGCUCAAUGCCUACCAGCAGGUCAUUGCCCGUAGCGGACGACCAAUCAUCAUCUGCAACGAGAACGACCCCGAGUUCCCCACAGACAAGACAGACAAGAUCGAGGUACCCAGCAACGUCGACUGCUUGCAGGGUCUGAUCAACGUCAUCCCUCUGCAGCUUAUGGCUUACUGGAUGGCGGUUGCCGAGGGUCUCAACGUCGAUAUGCCCCGUAAUCUCGCCAAGUCGGUCACGGUCGAGUAAGGGCUUGUAGAGUAAUUUGAUUUGGCGUGGUAGAUUGGCUGGAAAUGCCUUGGGUUCGACUGGAGUUAUGAAACCUCUUGGAUGCAAUCACGGAGUUGAACAUUGACGUUAAGAGACGACAUGAUGUAGGAGCUUUGGAGCGGGUCUGCUCGAGCGGAGAUACCAGCCUGAAAUGGAAAUUUUAUUGUUCUUCAAACGCGAGUUCGUGUUCAGAGAUGGUGAUCUGCUCGUGAUGUUUCGCGUCCCUGUCGACGCUGUUUCGCGUGAUGACGCCAUGCAGGAUCCCUGUCGCGAUUGCGGGGCAGCUCGCUUGGGCUUAGACGAUGGAGUGAGUUGCGUUCCUGCAUUCCCCACCAAGCAACGAUCGAUAACCACCACUUCGAUACCCGUGUCACAUAACCGUAUCUUGGUUAGCUUCGAUCUAGAUUCACCUUAAACACAUAUUCAACAUGGCCCCCCUCAAAGGACC